AUGCCUCGAUCGACUACCACCACGGACGAGUACGACGUCAUCACCCACGAAGACACCUUCUUGGACGAGAAAGAAGUCGCCAAGAUCAGAGCUUGGCUGCAGCCGACUGACUACCUGGCUGAGUCUUCUGAGUACCGUCGUCAUUUGCUAUCCAGAGCACCUGACACUGGCCUGUGGAUCACUCAAACCAAGGAGUACCAGCAAUGGCACGACUCACCAGACACCGGCAGCCUCUGGAUAAAAGGCAUACCUGGAUCCGGCAAGUCUGUUGUGGCUGCAUCAAUCAUACAGCGUCUUAAGACGACAGAAGAUGUACCAGUGCUGUUCUUCUUCUUUCGCAACAUCGUCGCCGCCAAUUUCGAGCCGCGCUCCUUGAUGAAGGACUGGCUCGCUCAAUUGCUUCCGCAUUCCCCAGAACUGCAGUUUGCGCUCAAACCACGGCUAGAUACCAAGCUGGAAGAUGUUUCCGAGGCCGAACUUGUCGAUACAUUUCUCGAGGGGCUGAGUGGAAUAUCUCGCAUAUACUGCGUUGCGGACGCUCUCGAUGAGAUGAUUUCGGAGCACAGGUCGUUUCUUGAUAGGCUGAACAGUCUGGCAACGUAUCGACCACGAUCAGUGAAGCUUUUGAUGACAAGUCGGCCUAAACAAUACCUCCAAAGCGCAUUGAGGGACUCGUCUAUCGUCCAAAUCAGCCUGGAGCAGCAACUUGUGGGACCCGAAAUUGCUGCAUAUCUUGACCAUCGCUUCGAGAACAAUCUUAAAACACGUGGUGUACCUAAGAAUGAGCUCAUAACGAUGAUCGCAAAGAGAUCGCAAGGGCUAUUUCUGUACGCGAAGCUCACCAUGGAUCAAGUGGAGGAGUAUGUCAACUCCGCGGAGAGUGUCGACGUUGCUCGCUUAGCUGCCUCAUUACCAUCGGGUCUCGAGCAGACGUAUAACAGCAUGCUUGCUGUGCAGCGAAGAACGUAUGAUGUUACGAUCGAAUUACAAUUGCUGGUUCUUGAGGCCGUUACUCACGCAUGCCGGCCAUUGCGCCUCAACGAGCUCGCAAGCCUCGUACAAUUCGUUCAGCCAACUGCUGCGGCAAGCGGCCAAUUCAAGAGACUGGUUGCUGCAUCUUGUGGCCCCUUGAUUGACAUUCUGGAAGAUGAGACCCUCCAGGUUCUUCAUCACUCCUUUACAGAGUUUCUUCGAGGUGAUACAAGGUCCAAUCCGGCGGGCGACGCCAGCAGUGACUUCCCGUUGAUCGACACAUUUCAAGCGCACAAGCACAUCGCAGUGCACUGUUUGAGAUAUCUUCAGUCGGGCACUCUUUUACUGGAUGACGAGACAUCCCGAAGCCAAGAAUACUUCUCAUCAGUCUACAAACGACCUGCUCACCUCGUUGAUCUUGAUGAGCAACGAGAGAACCCUAGAAAGUCUGAUCGAUUCGAUUACCAGCAAGCUAAACUCAAACACGCGUUCCUGAGCUAUGCAGUCGACAAUGUCAGCUAUCACGCGAGCAAUUACGACCUACCCGAUGAGACCUUCCACCAUGAAGCCGAGUCCUUUGUGAAUCCUCGUCGCCUCGACUAUCACCGCUGGCUUGCCCGUGCCUGGGGUAGCACGUCGGCGAAAGAGAGUAGUCUCGAGGGUGUGCCUGGCAUGCUGCACUUUGCUUCCUUUUGUGGUCUCUCAAACAUUGCCAGUAAGGUCUUGCAGCAGAACACAGCAGUCGAUGUUCAAGAUUCUCAGCAGCGCACUAGCCUUCACUGGGCGUCUCAGAAUGGACACGCGGCUGUUGCUGAGCUCCUGCUACAGCAUGGCGCCAAUCAAAAUGCUGAGGAUGGACAAGGACUACAACCGAUACAUCUGGCCGCUAGGCAGAAUCGUGCCUCUGUUGUCGCCUUGUUGUUGCAAGCUGGCGCAGAGCCUACGGCUGUCAAGACCAAAGAGAACCACUCUGGUAGGCUCUUGGGCGGCGAGACUAUCACUCGUGGCGAAUGUCCGAUCUUUUACGUUAGCAAGGGUGGCCAUCUCGAGGCCACAGAAGCCAUCAUUCCGUUUUGCACUGGCGAUGUCUUGGAACAGCUCUUGUGUGAAAGCUGUCGGUUCAAUCGCACCGACGCCGUGUUAUCGAUUCUGCAAAAGACCGACGUGUCAGGGAACGCCAUGUAUCGCGGUGCUACAGCACUGUAUCAUGCUUGCGCCGUGGCUAACUCCAAAUGCGUGGAAGCGCUUGUUAGACGAGGCGCGGAUGCCAACAAGUCUUCCUUCUAUGAACCUCGACGUACGCGAAACGGCGGGGCCUGGCCCAAAGGACCAGAAAUGACUCCAUUGCAUAGGCUUCUUCAAACCUGGAGCGAGGAGAAUGACUCUCAGUGCACGGCUAUUCUCCGCUUACUGCUUGGUGCAGGCGCGCAGAUUGAGCAACUCGAUGGUCGAGGAGACACAGCGCUACUUAUUGCUGCUGGCGAUGAGGGCUACCAUAAACGUGUUUGCAUUUCCGCAAUGAGAGCGUUGUUGGCGGCCGGAGCGGAUCCCCAGCAGCGAGAUAGAAAAGGCGACACCGCCCUCCUACGGACUUUUAGGACGUGCCGGAAACUAGACGCCUUGCGCCUUCUCGUGCAGUGGGAAAGCAAUCCGAACGAUACGGACUCGCAAGGCUGUACCGCAUUGCACAAAGCGUUGCAGAAGCCGGGCGGGAUGACAGGGACAGACAACACCGAAGAAAUUGUCAGCUACCUGGUUGAGCACGGUGCAGACCCCACCAUCGCGGACAAGCGCGGAAGGACACCGAUAGAAGCUGCAGUGUCUGUGGACUUCGAGGUCUUCAAGUCAUUGCUGCCCUACUGCAAAGACGAGUCCAUCCGGCGACGUUGCUGGUUUGGGUUAGAUGCAUACAUGAAGCGCGAGUCACUAGAGCCCUUCAUCGACCUUCUACUAAGCGAAGGCGUAGACGUGGAAAGUCGGCGACAAGAUGGCAGGACACUGCUCUUGAGUCAUCCCACGAGGACGGAAUUGGUAGGGAUGCUGCGCAAGCGAGGCGCAGAGGUCGACGCCGUAGACGAUUCUGGAAAAAACAUUCUCCACUUGCUCGAAUCUAGACAGCACAUGGAGAAGUAUAUCGCAGAAGGUAUAGAUCCUCUGAGCACUACGAACAACGGCGACACGUUGCUGCAUCACGUUGCAUACGGGUAUCAUGGCAAGCUUGAGGAGCGCGAUUUUGUCCACUGGCUCAUCAAGCUUGGCAUCUCCGUCAAUGCUGCAAAUGGCAAAGGUCUUACGCCGUUGCAUGCAUACAUUGACAGCAACUACCCCGUCAGUAUGAAGCGAUCAAGCGGGCCUGUCCAUUUCAUUGACGCCUUAAGCGGCCAUGGUGAGCAGCUCGAACUCAAUGCACGAGACUGCUAUGGGUUGACACCCCUACAUUUGGCAGUAACGCGAUCGCACCGUGAGACUCUCCAGCUGAUGAUGGCUGGGUCGGAUGUGGAGGCCUUGGACAGCAGCAAGCAUAAUGUACUCCACCUGGCAAGUCGUGCGCGCCAGUCCAGCAUCGUUGGUCACCUAGUCCAGAAGACAGAACAUUGCCUCGUAGAUGCUCAAGACUCGGAUGGUCUCACACCUCUGCAUUACGCAUGCGCCUCCGGUCGUGUCGAGACGGUCGCCUACCUUCUUCGUGGAGGAGCUGAUGCAAAUGCGAAGACCCCUGCUGGCAGAACUGCUCUGCACUUCUGUGCGGACUAUCCCUUGGAGCAGAGACACUGGUCUGUCAAGGGUAAGGAAGAAGUAUUGUUUCCUGGCCGUCUCAAGAGCGCAGGAACCCGAAAAUCGAGCCACAAGCCAUGGUACAAGCAGGAAUAUGGCGUUGACACUUCGUCCACCUGCGAAGACUUCAUGUCCACCAGUGCAAUUGCGAGUUUACUACUUGGAUCGGGUGUCGCCGCAGCAGCUGUCGAUACGAAUGAAUACAGUGCUCUUGAUGUCGCUCUGGAGAACCAAUGCAGCGAAUUGAUCGAGCUAUUCGCAAGUGAUCAAAACCUGUUGGAGAAGCUUCUGAAACCAGCCAAGAGCAACCGCAUAGAUCCAGUCCCGAGGGUUCAAGCGCAGCUUGCGCUCAUGCGCCCUGUGCCUUACAUGAGUCGUGUCGCUGAGGGUAACGAAGUCUACUCAGAGGUUUCCAACGCGCCACGUACAUACUUGAAAUGGUUGAGCGCGCAGGACCUCGAUCUUUUGAUUGCAAAUAGAGGCAAAGACGCCCUCGAUGCCACAUGGCUCCACGAGCUUGGUGCGGAAUGUAUCGAUUUUCGGUGCAUAAACUUCUUUCGCCAUACCACGGCUCUAAAAUGCUGGGUCCAGGAGACCUGCAACGAGGGCUACCUGCAGAGAUUGAUGCAAUCCGAGCGUGAGAAGAACGGAUACUAUGCGCGUACUCCAGCUUACUCAGCGUUACAUCUUGCGUGCCGACAGGAGAAGUCGAACAUGGAGUUGCUGCGCACUCUUGUCGAGACAUGCAACGCCAAUGUCAACGCACGAUGUAUGACUUGCCCCCAAUAUGAACGUCGCCAAACUCCAAAGCCUGGAGGGACUGCACUUCACAUGCUCGCCAUAGCUAGCUCCUGGUGGCAACUCGGCGCUAUGCGAUACCUUGCGUCUCAAGGCGCCAAUGUGAACGCCACCGACGAGCACGGACGCACUCCACUACACAUCGCUGCUCGAGGUAAGCCGCUUGGGCGAGGUAUGAUGAGCGUUGGCACGGAGAAUCACGGAUCUUGGUGCUCUGAAGCUGUAAGGGUGUUGCUAGACUUGGGUGCGGAUCCAAAUGUACUCGAUUGUUCUGGACUUUCCGCCCUGCACCAAGCCUCAAAUUCGCCUGAUAUAAUGCGAGAGCUGCUUCAGCGUGGAGCUAAUCCGGAUGCUGGCGAAGUCAGCCCGAUCUUCCAGGUAUGUGUGACAACAUUGCGGGCAGAAUACUUGCCGUGCCGUGUUGAUAUUGUCGAUUUGAACUGCUGAGCGACAGAGCAUCACGCUGUCAAGCGUUCAAAUGAGGCGCUAUCCGAGUCAAGCAGUGCUAACACAAGUGUUAGGUCAUUCGCGAUCAGAACUUGGAAGCAUUGGAAAUCAUGCUCGACAAGGGCGCAAGCGUCGACUCGUUCGAUUCCCGGUCCGACUGUCUUGAUGACGAUAUCACGGAGCCUGUGAAGAAAUACGCCUUGCUGUGCGCUACCCUAGGGAUCAUGAACGCCGGUGCCAAGGAUUCUGCGCCUUUGGUGAGGACUCUGGUUGAGAAGGGAGCGAACCUGUACUUGCCAGUCAAUGACAACGAAACACUUAUUCAUUGGAUCUUCGAAAGGUCGAAAUACGAAAUCGUGGAUACGCUGAUGAAGCAGCCUUGCGUUUCACGUAUCGAUUUCAACGAGAAGGACCAGAGAGGCAGAACCGUUCUCAUGGCUGCUGCUAAUUGGACAGAGUGCUUGCCAGGCUACAGGCACAGACAUUGGGAUGGGAAAGUCCCAGGUCUUCCUAUUCGGAUGCUCGAUACCGGUCGCAGUGAUGCAACAAUUACGGACGAGCAGGGCAAGACGGCUCUUCACCACCUGCUCGACAACCCAGAUAUGGAAGACGAGGUCGUCAUGCAGCUUGUGGAUCGACCUGAAGUACAGCCGACCGUCUUUACCAGGGACGGACAUGGAUAA